AUGGACCUGUACGACUUGUCGGACCACUUAAUGGACGGUGCUUUCGGAAGCGUUUACUCGGCGAUCAGAAGAGCCGACGGACUGCCGGUCGCCGUAAAGAUAGUGAGAAACUCCUCGGCGUCCUACCUGACGAACGAAUCGGGCGAAUUGAUAUUGGCGGAGGCGCACUUCCUACGUGUGGUCUCGGGGAUCGAGGGUUGCAUCGGAUUCGUGGACGUUCACCAGGUCGAAGAUUGUCAUUUACUCGUGAUGGAACGGCCACUUCGGAGCUCCGACCUAUUUCAAGUUCUGGAGAAAGUCGGCAGUAUCCCGAAGUAG